GCGUUCAAUACACUCGUAAACACAUGCGCCCUAGAUUUCUAGCUUUAUAAUCGACUAAAUUCAGAAGUUGAUACAUUGUCCUGCUGCCACAGAAGGAAUAAUUACAUGUCAGAUUAGUAGGGUUAUACUCAGAAAUAUCAUCUAUCUCCUUCUUUCCAGUUGGUCCAUCGUUUGUUUCUAUCUCUUUUCAAAAAGGAACAUUGAAAAAAUAGAUAAAUGGCGAACGGAUGACAUUUGGUUCAUUAUUUUAAAAAUGAUAAAAUUUUACUAGUCGGUGUUUUUAUUUACAUUUCAUGAAUAAAACAUGUUGUUUAUUGUUGUGCACGAUAUUUUGAAUAGUGCAAGUGCGGCGUAGUGUUUGGAAUCUGUACAAUAUACUGAAAACAAAAUCUUCGUAUAAAUGUUUUUUACUCGAUAAAAAUCUUUUAUUCUACUGUAUUUUCAAUAAAAACAAAUGCUUAGAUAGUUAAAUGAGUUAAAAAUGUGUCAAAGUUAAUGUCUAUAGGUGCCAGUGCUUUUUAAAUCGUACUCAAAUUAAAUCUAAACAAAAAUAGAGCUUCCUUCUAGUUAAACUAGUCAAAAUGUAUAUUUAAACUAUUAUAGAUAUAAAAUUAAGUUAUAAAUAGUCGUACAAACUACUCGUGAGUGUUUUAAAUAUGUCACAGCACCCAAAAUGAUAAAUUUCGUGAUAUGUACAAGUGUAUGAUUUUGAGUCAGUAGUGAAAGAGUGAGUGAUUAUUAAAUUAAAAUGGUUACGAUGAACUCUUCGGAGAAGGCACAGAAGGCCUGUCAGCAGGGCCCGUCCAGAGACAACUCAAAAUGCGUGAAAGAAGACAAGGAAAAGGAUAAGGAUAAAAAGGACAUAGUGCCGAAGAUACCUCCGAGUGUGCAGGCGCUCAUGACCACCAUCCCGUCCCCGGAGGAAUCUCCAAACUACCUCAUCUACAAGAAGAUGGAGUCCAUCAUUGAGAAGAUGCAGGAUGAGAACACAGGAGUCCCCGUGAGAACUGUCAAGACCUUCAUGACCAAGAUACCUUCUGUCUUCACCGGCACUGACCUAGUAAACUGGCUGAUGCGUCAUCUCACUCUUGAAGAGAGGGACGCCCUACACCUCGCUCACUUGCUCGCGGCCCACGGGUACCUGUUCCCUAUAGAUGACCACAACCUUACUGUGCGGAAUGACAAUACUUACUACAGAUUCCAAACACCAUAUUUCUGGCCUUCUAACCAAUGGGAACCGGAAAACACUGAUUACGCGGUGUACCUGUGCAAGCGGACGAUGCAGAACAAAGCCCGGCUGGAGCUCGCCGACUACGAGGCCGAAUCCCUCGCCCGGCUUCAGAAGAUGUUCAGCCGGAAGUGGGAGUUCAUCUUCAUGCAGGCCGAGGCCCAGAGCAAGGUGGACAAAAAACGCGACAAACUCGAGAGGAAAGUCCUGGAUAGCCAGGAGAGAGCCUUCUGGGAUGUACAUCGCCCGAUGCCUGGUUGCGUGAACACCACAGAGCUGGACCCCAAAAAGCUGUCUCGCAUCAACGCGCUGAAGGCCAAACGGAUGCGACAGUGCCAAGAGCUGAUACAACAGCAUAACCUCAAGAACAACCCAAUAGUGACCAUCACCAACCCCGAGGAAAGCGAGGAAGAAAUACAGAAAAAAGCUGAAAACACCGUCAAAGAAAACGGUGAAUCCUCCGAACCUGAGAUAACUGUCUGCAUUCCCGAGGCUAAUAAGAUUGCCACGCCGAGUAUAGAGCGGCAGGUGGAGGCCGCAAGACGAAACCUCGCGAUGUUGCGAGCUCGCAUGGAACGGCGCAACGUUCGCGUCAGCAAGGUCGCUGAAAUCUUCAUAGCGUACUGUGAGCAAUACGCCGAGUACGACAUGUUCCUCACCCCUCCGGAGUACCCCAACCCGUGGAUCCACGACACCACCGAGCUGUGGGAGCAGGAGAAGCAAUGCAAAGACCCGCUGCCCUUGCGGCGCGUGCGUCGCUGGGCCUUCGGGCUCCGAGAGCUGCUCAACGACCCCGCCGGCCAGGAACACUUCGCCAAGUUCCUGUCGAAGGAGUUCAGCGGGGAGAACCUCAAGUUCUGGCUAGCGGUGCAAGACCUGAAGGCUCAGCCGAUCCGGCGCGUGGCCGCCCGCGCCAAGGAGAUCUGGAAGGAGUUCCUGGCGUCCGACGCACCUUCGCCCGUCAACAUCGAUGCCGCUAGCAGGGAGCUGACUCGAGUAAAGGUGGAGUCAGGCACGGCAGAUAGAUACUGUUUCGACCAGGCGCAGGCUCACGUGUACCACCUGAUGAAGUCUGACAGCUACUCGCGGUACCUCCGCUCAGAGAUGUACAAGGACUAUCUCAAUGGAUCUAAGAAAAAGACAUCAGUCAAAGGAAUCCGGUCCAUCGUCUCAUUCACCGCGCGUAAGGAGACCACCAACUAACGAAGACACAUAGAAAGCGCGUCUUGUGAAGACUUGUGAAACGGAGUAUAUGUCGGUUUGAAACGUAACUACGUAUUUGGUACGAGUUUCGUAACUUUGGUAACAGCAGGUACGAGUUUCGAAACUUUGGUAACAACUGGUGCGAGUUCCGUAACGUUGGCAAGAACUUGUACUAGUUUCGUAACCUUGGAAAUAACUGGUGCGGAUUUCGUAACUUUUGGUAAUCGCUUGGGAAGCUAAGAG